AGAGAAGCAGAAAGCGGAAAAAAAUUCCCAUUUUAACCAGCACAAUCGAACCAGUUUGGGAGUGCAGAAAGUGAAGAGUCAGCAGUACGAGUGCCGAGGAACGAACUGCUUGGGGACGGCUAAAAUAAUCUCAAAACCAAGCUCAUCCUGGUCCAGGGUCCAGGGCCGAUCCCAGGAAAACGGGCCACGAGACAAGAAUGCAUCAAGAAAGGAAUACAUGGAUUACCCAACAUCUUCUGACCAAUCAGGUCUGAGAAUGUACAGUAUAAACUGUGCUAUGAUCAGAAGUGUAUUAGGAAUGUAAGUCUGCAAGCUGAGGAGUUAACGGCAUUCAGUGCAAGAAUCUGCACAUUGCCCUGCACUGUGUUGCGAACCGAGUCCACGUGAAUUACGACAGGAAGACGAAAUGCCCAACUUGACUUUGUCGACUACGGGCUGGCUUUGAUGUUUACACUAAACACUGACUGAAGCAGAUCUCGAGCGGUGUACCGCGUCACAGCAUGCCUGUGCCUCGUGCUGCCUCGGAGGCGUGUUUGAACACAAACCGCGACUCUCUUGCUCACUUCCUUAAAGGCUCUCAAAACUGGAGGUUGUAGAAGGCGGAGCUGCACUGACUCGGCACAGGUGACCCAUAAGGCCGAGCUCAGGCAGCUCUCGCCUUUCAUUAGGUGUCCAGGCUCGACAAUGGCAACCGGACGCUUACUAGCAUGGGUCCUCAUCCUCUCAGUGUCAUCCGUCCCAGCAGGUUGUUUUACACUAAAUGGAGUAAAGGUCUUGGAGGUGGUUCGGCCCGUCCUCCUACACGACCUUCAGAAAAGAGAUGUAGAGCCCGGCAGACCUGCAACGGCGAGGUACGCUAUGACACUGGGCGGGAAACCCAUCGAAAUGCAUCUACGGAGAAAUGAUGACUUUUUAACCGAAGACUACACGGAAACGUACUACAUGGACGACGGGACCCCUGUGGUAACCAAACCCCGUGAUUUGGAUCUCUGCUACUAUCAUGGUAAGAUUGUGAACGACAGCAAGUCGAUGGUCAGCGUGAGCACCUGCGACGGGUUACGAGGUUACUUCCAAACGGCAGAGCAGAAGUAUCUUAUUGAGCCUUUGUCUGAGAACAACACAGAUGACCAUGCGGUGUUGAAGUUUGACGACGUGACCGAUACUCCACUUACGUGCGGUGUCACAAAUACCAGUUGGGAACCUGUAGAUUUCCCCAUUUACACCAGCAAGUCCAAAUCACGUUCUUCUGGACCAACAAUGCUCCAGCAACAAAAGUACAAUGAGCUAAUCCUUGUAGCAGACAACAGAAUGUACCAGAAGACGGACAGUGAUGUCAACAAAGUGCGAAUGCGGAUCUUCGAGAUCGUCAACUUUGUCAAUGCUGUGUACAAACCGCUGAACACUUUUAUCGCUCUGGUCGGUCUGAUCGUGUGGACAGACUCUGACAAGAUCGUCGUGACGGCACCAGCCGGCCAGACGCUGGAAAAAUUUACCGCCUGGAGAAAUAGUGAACUCGUCAAGCAGCAGAAGCACGACAACGCUCAUCUGAUCACUGGUAUUGACUUCGAAGGUUCGACAGUGGGACUGGCGUUUAUCGGAACUCUGUGCUCUGGGCAUUCAACAGGCAUCAUCCAGGACCAUAGUCCACGUGCCAUAGCUGUAGGUGCCACUUUGGCCCAUGAAAUGGGACAUAACCUGGGUAUGAACCAUGACACCAGCUCAUGUGUGUGUUCGGAGGCCAGCUGCAUCAUGACUGCUGCUCUCAGCUACAACAUCCCGCAGCUUUUUAGCAGCUGCAGCUUUAACAACUUUGAGCAGUACCUGAACACACGGAACCCCGAUUGUCUUCUGAACAAACCCCAAUCCAAGGCAUUGAUCCAGCCUGCCGUUUGUGGCAACGGCUUCCAGGAGAUCGGAGAGGACUGCGACUGUGGAUCUGUGGCGGAGUGCACAAACCCAUGCUGCAACGCCACCUCGUGUAAACUGGCAAAGGGGGCAGUAUGUGCUGAAGGGGAGUGCUGUAAUAACUGUAAGAUUGCUGAUGCCACCCAGAUGUGUCGUGCCAGGCAUGAUGAGUGCGACCUCCCAGAAUAUUGCACGGGUGAUUCAAGCUCUUGCCCCGAGGAUGUCUUUGUUGUGAAUGGACUGCCAUGCAAGAAUGGUAAUGGCUACUGUUACAAUGGGCAGUGCCCUCAGCGGCAAGACCAGUGUGUCAAAAUGUGGGGGACAACUUCUGUGGUAGCGAGUUCCUACUGCUAUAAUCAGAACACAAGAGGAACAUACUAUGCCUACUGUACCCGGCCCACCAACGAUCAGUAUACUGGUUGCCAGAGCCAGGAUGUUAUGUGUGGGAAGCUUUUCUGUGAACAAGGCCAGGAAAAUCCAAACUACGGCCGUCUCGUUCAGUUCAACGCCUGCAAAGCCACUUUCUACGGUGACCGCGACAGUGACUUUGGCCAAGUGGAUCCUGGAACGAAGUGUGAUGAGGAGAAGGUGUGUAGUCAGAACCAGUGUGUGAGCUUAGAAGUUGCCUACAAGGCAACAAACUGCUCAGCCAAAUGCAAGGGCAAUGGGGUAUGUAAUCACAAGCUGGAAUGCAGCUGUGAACCCGGCUGGCUGCCACCCAACUGUGACAAGGCCACUGGAACAUCUACAGGUGUACAGAUAGGCAUAAUCGUGGCAGUCUGCAUUGUGUUGGGAGCUACUUUAAUUGGACUGGGCAUAUUUUGUAUGAAACGUCGAAAGAAUCUUCCCCGUCAAACUGGUGUUCAGGUCCAAGUGAAAGACUCGGUAACUCACAUCUACUCAAACCAGUCAAGGCCCAAAGUCCCCAAUCAAAUCCCACCCACGGUAAUCCAUCCUAAAGGUCCUCCGCCACCACCUCCAUCUAAACCAUCUGCCCCUCCCUUGAUCCUGCAUACCGACUUCAGAGCGGCGCACAAGGCUCUGAGACCGGCACCGCCUCCACCAAGGGCAUAAAAAAAGGACCCCAGUUGGAAUCAACGUGCGGAACAAAUUUAGCACUAAGUAUAAUUUAGAUUAGAAGUUCAGAACUACUAAUUGGGCAAAAAUCAAGCAAAUUUGCCAGAACUGCCUGGUAUACUUAAACUUCAUAGGCAUUCAGGUGGGUGUUACUGAAAUCUUCUGUCUUGCACCCUAGAGGCUUGAAAAGAAAAAACUGAUUGUAUGCCAGGAUCAUUCCAGAGCUGUUUUGCCAACGAGACUAAUCCCGAAUUAACGCUGAAUGAGUCACUUGAAUCAAUCAACUAUCAUGACGAGACCCAGAUCAGCCCACAACGAACGUGCCUUAGCGUUCCUCCAGGGAACUCCAGGAAUAUUAUGGUAACAAGAAGGGUCAUGUCUUUUGUAAUAGGUCGAGAGCUAUUGUACCAGAAUCCCCUGCCAACAAUCCACUUGACCAUACUGUCCAGGAACUCAAAAAAAAAGUGGAAGCUCUUAAACUUUCGUCAUUGCUAAACACAGUUGAUUCGUAAAACUUUCUCUGCUCAGCUUUGACUUGCCCCCAAUUCCUCUCUGUGGUGACCAUUCUGGGUUCAACCACUGUUGGUUUUGAUGUUUGCUGUGAACUGCAAAUCAGUUUCAAAUAUCUCACUCAUUGAAACCACGCUACACCAUCUACUAUCUGAGCAUUGCCUAUAAGUACUUAUUUAUUUUCCUACUAGAGUGCCAAGAGUCUGAAUGUAGGUCGGUGUAGAUGCUACAAUAUAUGUAUGACAUUUGUGUGCAAUAAAUGAUGCUGUAUUCAGAUUUUUUUUUUUUUACUAUAUACUAAGAAAAUUUUUUUAGCAAUAACUAAAGCACUUAAUAAAAAAAAAUCACAUGUUGCUGCCUUUCAUUCUGUAAAGUCCACAAAAUAAAACGCUUGUUCCCUCAAA